CGGAAUGGGUGGAGCGUAUGUUAUGGUAGGCAGGCUACUGCGCUGUUUUGCUUUCUGCUCCCUCAUCAGUGUGUAUGCUGCGGCCGCAGUGGUAGGAGUCGGACCGCAUGUGCCGUCACGUAGCCUACCAUAGAGCUCAUAACAUCAACCCAAAUUCAUAGCUGCAAUAAUUGUAAUUUUGUUUAUGGACGCAGUGUAGCCAUUUCUCGCGAUAAUUUGGACUCAUCCACGAAUCGCAGGUGGAUUUUUUUUCUUUCUUCUAUCCCGGAACGGAGGCUCGUUUUUUGGACAGCCAACGUGCAUAGAGGAGACGUGGGGACGGGAGACAAGUGCGCAGUGCUCACGGAGAAAACAGUAGAGAGAGACAGCAAGCAGUGUGUUUGUUGUAACCCACCAGGAUCGUCCUUUAGCUGUCUGAUGAGGACACUGUUCCCCAAUGUUUCUGAGGGGAAAACGAGGAUGAACCAUCCAAAGCGCACGUCGGGCCUGUAAACACAUUGACUUUACGUUUGUUGAUAGGCUAUCGUUGUUGUGGAUUCAUCGACGAGCCUAUUGAACAUUGAAACGCUGUUUUAGGUCAUCACAUAGGUUCUGUAGAGAAGCUAGACGUUCCCUUCACCUGCUAUUGAAAAUGGGCAACAGUUUCUCCAACAUAUCUGCUUUCCAAUCCCUUCACAUUGUGAUGCUGGGGUUGGAUUCGGCUGGCAAAACGACUGUUCUUUAUCGUCUGAAAUUCAACGAAUUCGUAAACACCGUGCCAACAAUUGGAUUCAACACUGAGAAAAUCAAACUCAGUAAUGGUACGGCAAAGGGGAUCAGCUGUCACUUCUGGGACGUCGGAGGCCAGGAGAAGCUCCGACCCCUAUGGAAAUCCUACAGUCGGUGCACGGACGGCAUCAUCUAUGUGGUGGACUCGGUAGACGUCGAUCGGUUGGAGGAGGCUAAAACGGAACUGCAUAAAGUUACCAAAUUCGCGGAGAACCAGGGGACACCGCUGCUGGUGAUAGCCAACAAGCAGGACCUGCCCAAAUCUCUUCCAGUCGCGGACAUUGAAAAACAGCUGGCUCUCCACGAGCUCACCCCAUCCACCACAUACCACGUCCAACCUUGCUGCGCCAUAAUUGGCGAGGGACUCCACGAGGGUAUGGACAAACUAUAUGAGAUGAUUGUAAAGCGGAGAAAGUCUUUAAAGCAAAAGAAGAAACGAUAACGACCGCCUAUGGGUCGUAGCCUAUGGACCGUUCAUUAACCUAAACCUACGCAACAUUACCGUAUCUAAAUGCUGUUUGGGUAUGCCAAUGUUGCCCUAAAAUGACAUUUACUUUGCGGUGAUUGUUGUAUUUCCUUUCAUUGGGUUGUAAAAGUUGCUGACGCUGUGAAUCCUAUAGCUGAAUGAUGCUUUUGCACGCAAGAGAGUGAUCCUAUUGGUGCAAGAUAUUUACUAAGGUUAACCAAAACAAACUUGAUAUUACUUUUGUCAUAGGAACAAAAGCAUUACAUGAAUGCGGGCUGGCCCGUCAUUUACUGCUUUACCACGGACUAUAAAUCUGUAGCUAAACAUGUUAUUUUGAAGAAGCAUCCCAUACAGUAUAGGCCUAUACUGUGAUGGACUAUGGACAUUCUGACGGAAUGCUUCUUUGGACAGCAAGUUUUACUUUGCACGUUAAGUGGAUGUGGGUCACAAUGAAAUGGACCCUGUUCAUUCAUGGAGAAGAAAAAAACUGAAACCAAGAUAUCUGUAUUAUGAAAGUCACACCUCAGUCCCUGUUUGGGUUUAUUAAUGCAGAGGUCAACAAGGCUUUGGAGCGUUGAAGUUUACUAUGCGUGGUGGACUGAGGAUAACAUUGUCUGCAACGUGGUCCACUACUUUGCACUUUUAAUUUCCUAACAAAAUAGUAGAGUACUACACUGUAUAGCAAAAAACAGGCUGUGUAUGUACCAAAAAGCCCAAAUUGAAUUAUUUUUUGAAUAUUAAAAUGUAUACAAAAUGCA